AUGGCGCAAGAAUGGUGGUCUUAUAAUGGACCAAUUAAAUUACUUCAUAGCAUGAAUCCUUUACGAGUAUCGUAUAUACAAAAACAAUUAACUAAACAUCAUUCAAUAUCAACCAACUACAACAUCAGCCAUGAUAAUAAUAAUGAUUAUCUUCCGUUUAAAGGUUUACGUAUCUUAGAUGUUGGAUGUGGUGGUGGACUUUUAUCCGAAUCUUUGGUAAGAUUAGGUGCAUCAGUUUUAGGCGUAGAUGCAUCAUCUGAAAAUAUUAAAAUUGCAAAAUUACACUCACUCAAAGAUCCUAAAUUAUUUUCUGGACCAGGAAAUUUAGAAUAUCAAUGUAUAACUGCAGGGAUUAUGUUUUCAAGAUUUUCGAGUCAAACUGCAAAAAAAACUAUUAAGCAGUGGGUUAAGGUCACCCCUAAACGGACACGGAAUAUAACGGGUACUUCUACUACAUCUAAGUCGGUUCGUAUUUAUACAAUGAAAACUUUAUUUUUUGAAGUCUAG